AUGACUGGACAUGAUGUGCGCCGUUCCCAGGGGUCAACUGGCAGAUCAUCAACCACUGCAACCCUUACAUACACUCAUGGAAUCAGCGAGGUCACACGGGUGAAGGACCGCAGUGGGAUGGCACGUUUGGUCGACGUCAUCAUUAACGAGCCACUGCGCAUGCAUUCGACCUCUGGGAUCGACCUCCUGCACGUAGUGCCUGAGGGCAGCAUCACCGUCUGUGGGCAGUUCUUCCCCACGGGCACCAUCUUUUCACAGGGACAAAGAGGUGUGGAGGUAUUCAGGAAGGUAUUCAGGCCGGAGAGGCGGGGAGGGCAUGACAAGAAUGAGAUGCAGAAGGCUUUCAACCCGUUCUCCCUUGGGCUGCGGACGUAUGUCAGCCGUAACCUGACAAGCCCAGAGCUGCUGCUCGUCAUCAUCUCGUCCAUCCUGCGCUGACACCACUUCAUGCUGGAGGAACCCGAAAAGAAGACAUGGGAAGGUUUCCUCCCCACGCCAGCGCAAUGUAGAGUCGGCAUGAAGCGGAGGACGGUGUGAUCAGGAUUACAUUAUUUGGCCGCAUCCUCGAAUUCCAUCGUCUCUGUCA